AGUUUCUCUAAAAACGUCGCGACGUUACGUCUGCUACAUCAGACGGCGAUGCCGCAGUCCGUUCACUCCAACGCGUACCUGGCAGCAAUAGGGAAAUUUACUUUUAAAAUUUCUUUCGAAUACUAAUGUUUCAAACUAGCUUAUUUUCAAGGUUAUCUUGUUUGUACCAGAGAAGUUUACUAUCCAGGGGAACUACCAGACAUUUCUCCUCCGUUUUCUACCCAAUGGUAUAAUUUUCCAAACUGCCGGGCUUCAGAUUUAGUUUUAGUUACUAUUAAAGAUAAAACAUCCUAGAAACCAAAAUAGAAUGGAUUUAUUUGAAUUUAUCGAAGCCGCGUCUGGAUUAGAUUUUAAAUUCUAACGAUGUUUGAUAAUGAAACAAUUUUCCUCGGUGUCUGAUCCUGCUUUGUCUUUGAAUAACAAUUUGGAAAUCAAUGAUAUCGUCUCAAGCAGAUUAAAUCCUUCAGGUUCUACGUCUUACGAAAAACAAGAUUUCAAUGGAAAUCAUAGACAUUUUCAUAAGCUAAUCAUUUCACCUGACGUGAAAUUUGAUUUUCAUAGUGAAUUGAAGGUUAUUAGGUCAACUAUGUACGAGCCCGUUCUCGAUCGAUGUGUCACUACUACAAUUAUCAAACCGAAAAGACAUUCAAUCGACGAUGUUUGUAUUUAUGACAGCACCAACAAAAUCUCUCAGGACUCACCGCCUGAAAAACCUUCUAGGCGACAAAAUAAAUUUUCAAAACAUAUCUACUCACAGAAGGGAAAUGAAAUGUCAUCUUCUGCUAAAAUGCUAACUGCGAAUGGUGAUAAAACAACCAUCGAUAUAGAGCAGAGAAAUUUAGAUAAUAGUAAAAACAAAAAAAAUGAUGCUUCCGUCCAAACCUUACAUCUUGUACCUUACCGACUGCGAUUUGUACCAGGAACAGAAUGUGAUGUAAAACUGAGUCCUUCCGAAACAAAUUGUGCUCUUAAAUUGACAUGCUGUUGUCGAAUGUUCAGUCAAUGGAUUUUAUCUCAAGUGGGAUUAAGUAUCAUUGUUUUUACGUGGGCUUUACUUGGAGCUUAUGCGUUUUAUAAAACAGAAGGUCCACGGGAGUUAGCGCAAGCCGGAAUAUUGGCGAAAAUUCAAAAAGAUCUUUCGGUAGAAUUAGCCGCAGAAUUGAAGAAAAAUGAAGAUCAGCCAGAGUUGUGGUCGAGCUUAAUACAUACGUAUUUUGAAAAACACGAAAAAGUUUUUCUCGAAGCUGUCGGGGCAGGUUUUGGUGAAGGAGGAGGAGGAAAUAUAUGGACGUAUCCCGGCUGUGUUCUAUUUGCUGUAUCUUUACUCACAACGUUAGGUUUUGGUGCUCCAGUGCCACGGACGCCACUAGGAAGAGGAGUUGCAGUUUUGUUUGCAGCUAUUGGCAUUCCUCUCCACUUCCUUUUAAUUCUAAACAUGGGUAAUUUGGGUUCCAUUAGGCUCCAGCAAUUAGCAUAUCGUAACUGCCUAACAGAAGUUCCUUCAACUCCAAAACCUAAGUGGUUGAAGUUCUUCCCUCUCCUAUCUAUUGUCUGUUAUUACAUACUAGGUGUGAUUUUGUUUGGUGUUGUUAGGCAACGACAACCAAUAGACUGUCUGAUGUUCCCCUUGGAUUUCACCGCUGCAGGUGGUGUCGCAACUGUAGAGGGUAAAGUCAGAAUAUUUUACGCCCUCUACUUAGAACUGGCAAUGACUUUAGCUGCUACUAUAGUUUCCUUACUCCAAGCUUCUGCUAGUCGAGGAAUUGUCGAUAUAGGUUUAAAAUUAGGCUUACUCACCAAUACUUGAUGUUAUUUACCCCUAAGUUUUGGUGUUUGGUGUUUUAAGUACAAAAAGGAAAUCGCACACAUAUCCAAGGAUCAAAAUACCUCGCUUGUUCGUUUUUGCACAAAAAAUUUUAUAGUCAUAUUUCAACAAGAUAUAUCACAAGUUAUAAGAAAAAAAUUAAUAAAAAACAAUGAAUAUUGUCA